GACUUGGAAAUAUCCAGAAUAAAUGAGUUUCACAAUUACCGCUUCCACUCUAUGGUUAGGUCAUCCUGACCCUUAUUUCGUCCCUCAAACCGACUUCUGCCGGUGCUAAAAGCCUCUUCCUCAGGUGUGGGUGAUGGUUUUCGCCACUGACGUCCAUCUGGUUGCUGAGGCCGCGCUCACCUCCGGCGGCGCGCGUCAGGCUGCCGUCGAAGCGCUGCGUCAGUUCUUGAACGAGACCAUUCCCGGGGAUUGCCGCGACCUGCAAAUGGCUAUUGGAGAGGCAGCCGCGGUGUUAUACUCCAAUAAGUUUGCCCGUGACCACGGCAAGAUCAUUUUGAUCACGCAGCCUCCGGAGGACAGCGAUUCUACAAUGUCCUUCUUCUGUCGCGAGAUGAACGCCGUCGACCUCGGCUCGGCUCAGAGCGGCCGACAAGUGAUGUCGAUCCUGUACACCACAAACGGAAAAUUAAAUACCACCUGGUACGAUACAAUGGCGCUGAAUCCCCCGGGAGAGGUUCUGGCCGUGAGUGAAGACACAGAGUCCGUCGUCACACUGUCUAUGAAGAGGGAACUGCUAAAACACCUGCAGAAACUGGACAUGGCCUCUUCUAACGACGGACUCAUGCUGGAAGUCACCCUAGCCGAAGAGCCCGAAUGUGAAUAUCACUUCACUUUAAACAGCACCCUGACUUUCCCAGCCGAGGGUUUCCUUGUUAUUCACCAUGAAAGUGUUUCCUCUGUGAAGGUUUUCCUUAGCAAUACUGAGGGCAACCAAACCCUUUUGCUCGGCCAGCCGGAGCUCCUUGACACAGCUGAUCUGUUCCCGGUUUUGUUUACCAUUCCAGAUGAUUGGAGUUUCACAUUAGAGUCUACGGAGAUGGACUGCACGCCUCUGUCCCCCCAAGUGUUUGUGAAGAGAAAAUCGGGUUUUGCUGACGUGGUGGAUAUGGGCGCCCUCGCCAACCUAGCUGAGCCUGUGUCGGAUGAACCAAACUUGGCUUGGCAAGGUACAGUGAGUCACCCGUCUGCCUUGUCACGUUGGCCAGGACUAAGUGCGGCAGCGGCAGGGAGUCCGUUGAAGGAGGGCGCCGUGGUGGUGGACGUCCGGGUGUCCGCGCCUCUGCAGGACGUCGCACUCGGGGACACUUCUGACCCUGUGGUGAUAACGGCCAGGGUGACCAAGGACGGGAAGGCAGUCCUCGGCGCCGUCGUGGUCGCAACGGCGAGGGAGUGCAGCCUCGACGGCGAAGGUGGCGACGCCGACUGCGAGACCAAGAUCCCUCUGUUUGACAACGGCAGCGGAGCCCCUGACGCCACCGGAGGCGACGGCGUGUAUUCGGCGUACUGGCACUCCCCCAGGGUCGACGCCUUCCCCCUCGCCUUCGCCGCCGUCGUCACUGCCUCGGCGGGAGAGAACGCCACUGUGCUCGAGGCUCCUGUCCCCGAAUGCUGUCCAUCGACUCUGCCACGAGGUAACGUAACGUCGCUGGAGGGCUUCGAGGCGAGCCGCGCCGUGAGGGCAAGGGUGACGAGCGGUGGGCCGUUGCCCCCCGCGAGGGUGUCGGAUCUGACGGUGACUUGCUCUGCCUUGAACACCACAAGCGGCAAAGCCAGCGUCAGGUUCAUGUCACCCUUCAUAUCAAAUACCUCAGAACAGAGCUACGGUAUCUGGGUCUCUCCUAGUGCUGACGUCAACACGGCCGAAUAUCCUAACAUCCAGGAAUGGUGGCUUGGCUUACCCGGCGAUCCCAUCGAGCAGACCAUCUCACUGAAGUGUAGCUCCACGUUCUUCUUCCUCGUGGCGGGCAGGUCGGGCAGUCUCGUGGGAGAGGACUCCAACCUGGCGCGGGCCUUCUGUCCCUGCGCGCCGGCCAGCGGCUCGCCCGUCGUGGCAAUCGUCCUAGGCGUCCUCGGAGGCAUCGCGCUCGUGGCGGUGAUUGCGCUCUCAGUCUUCUACCGCGACAAAAUUUCGCAGGCUUUGCAAACACAUUGCAAAAAGAAGCCAAUUCGCGUUAACGUGCCAAAUCGCGUUGACGUACCAAAUCGCGUUGACGUACCAAAUCGCGUUGACGAGCCAAAUGAAGAUCCUAUUUACGCUGAUAUUGACGAGUUCGCCCUGAGCACUAUGCCAAACAGUCCGCCCAAAUCGUCUUCGCAGUCCGAGGCCGUCUACGCCAAUACGCAGUCUUUAGGGCAAAGGGAAUAGAGGGGAGAUGAAGGGACGGGCGAUUACACUGUAGCAUAUGUGUACGAUCACGCGUGUAUGUGAGGGCAAGCCAUUGAGAGCCACGCCAGGCCUCGUACCAGCAUAUUGCAGACGCUGAAGUUAAAUCUAAAGGUUUUAAUAUGAUGAAACUCUGCGGUUUGCUUCGUGGUUAAUAAUACUCACUAACAAGUUUUUAUAGAGACUGGCGAGUGCAAAGAUAUCGACGAUAAUGAAUGAAAAAACAAUGCUUUAUUUCUACGUCAGACCCCGAGCCUCCCUCCCUUCUUGGACGUCCUGAGUAUGUGUAUGUUCAUAGGAAGGUAUCUUUGUGUAUCCAUACGUGUAUGUGUAUUCCUUGUCUUUCUGUGGAUUUGUAUCCGUCCGCCAGCGUCUGUGUAUUUUUCUUCGCCUCAGUUAAGUGGUCGGCCGCUUUUUCAUGUUGUUUCAAUAGAGCCUAACCUCUGCAGGUCCUACCUCUAGGUUCAGUUACUUCACGUCCCUCUCCAAACCAUCUCUUUAAAUCUGUCUCCCUCUCGAUCUCCUCUCAUCCAAACGUCUGUUUAAUGCCUCCUUCACCGUCCAUUCAUGUGGCCGUACCUUGGGCAACCUCUCUCGCCUUUUUCCAUGGUCGACGCCGCCCCGCUCUCAUGUCCAAGGUCUGUAUCAGUAUAUACGUAACGAGACUCAGCCUGCGCUCGUCUGCUCUCUCGAGGAUACGCCCGCCAGCCACCAGCACUCUUAUCUCCGCUCUCUCCAGCUGCUUCUCACUCCACGUUACCAUGCGUAUGAUCUUACAAUGUUUCAUGUGGAUAUGUAUAUGCAUACAUAUAUAUAUAUGU